CACACAGAUAGAGCGAGAAAGAGAGCACUUAAACCUGUUUCACUCAGCAGAAAUCGCCACGCAUGCUCUAUCCCCCACUAUUGAACAUCACCUUAUCAGCGCGAGCCCAGUGGAAAGGGACAGAAGUCAACGCUGCGCACUCCAGACCAUAUACAUCCGGUCAGACUAAUAUGCGAUAGCCUAUAUCUAGGCUACAUAUGGUUCAUUGACCAAGCUAUUAACAUUUUCCUUAUUCACCCUAGGACAACAUAUUUGAGUAUAUUACUAGGCCUAGGCUACGAUUGUGAAUUUGACAGACCAGGCUACAUUCGCAUCAACACCGCGUUUUAUCCUAAAGGAUGGCUGAAGCAGAACUACAGGCGUUUACGUCUAUGAUGGACGCACUCGUUCAAAUCAGCUGUAACAUGAAGAGUAUGGAGCGGGAGCUGCAUUGCCCGGUGUGUACUGAGAUGGUGAAGCAGCCCAUCAUCCUGCCGUGCCAGCACAGUGUGUGUCUGCUGUGUGCUGCUGAGGUGUUAAUCCAGAGAGGAUACCCUGCCCCAGACCUCCCCCCAGAGCCCAACUCCCCGGCCGCCUCCCCCAACACACGCUCCCCGCGCGGGGCACGCAGGCCACCGCCCAAGACCACCGACCGCCUGGACCGCGUCCUCAGACCAGGUUUUGGGACGUACCCCGGGCGUCGUCGUAAGGACAUGUCUCCUGCCCCCAUGCUGUUCCCCUGUCCGUCCUGUCACAAGGAGGUGGAGCUGGGGGAGAGAGGACUGACCAAUUGCCUCAGGAAUCUCACCUUGGAACGCAUUGUAGAGAGGUACAGACACACAGUGAGCCUGGGCAGCGUGGCUAUAAUGUGUGGCUUCUGUAAGGCUCCUCAGUCCUUGGAGGCCACUAAGGGCUGUGCUGACUGCAGGUCCAACUUCUGCAACGAGUGUUUCAAGCUCUACCACCCCUGGGGAACGCUCCGCUCCCAGCACGAACACAUACUGCCCACCAACAACUUCAGACCCAAGGUCUUAACGUGUCUGGAGCAUGAGCAGGAGAGGUUGUUGUGGUACUGUCGCUCCUGCCAGAGGCUGCUGUGUCCUGUCUGUAAGCUCCACAGAGUCCACCAUGGCCACAAGGUGGCGCCCAUCGCACAGGCCUGCCAGGCACUAAAGGACAAAAUCACCAAGGAGAUCAACUACAUUCUGGCCAAUCAGGACACAGUAAAGGCUCAGAUAACUCAGCUGGAGAGUGCCAUCACACACAUGGAGUUGAACAGUGCGUUGGCGAGGGAGCAGUUGUCCCAGUCUGUGAGGGAGCUGGGGGCGUCUCUAGUGGAGCGACAGGGAGCAUUGACCCUGGCCCUGGAGGGGGCCCGGCUGAGGAGGGGGGAGGCCCUGUCGGCCCAGGUGUCUGAGAGGAGGGGUCUGCAGGAGCACGGCGGUUUAAUGGCCUACACACAGGAGCUGCUCAAAGAGACCGACCAACCCUGCUUCGUACAGGCCGCACGAAUCACCCACAACAGGCUGGUGAAAGCCAUAGAGAAUCUGCAGUGUUUCUCUCUCUCGGCUGAUCCCUCCUUCAGACACUUCCACAUGGACGCCUCCAGAGAAGUGAAACUCAUCAGCAGCAUGGGAUACAUAAGAGCCCCAUUGGCUCCUGUGAUUGACACUCAGCGCACGCUUGCCUAUGACCAGCUGUUCCUGUGCUGGCGACUCCCCCAGGACUCCGCCCCUGCCUGGCACUUCUCUGUGGAGUUCCAGCGGCGAAUGGGAUUGACCGAGGCAGGCUGGGGAGGAGAGGUCAGGAGUCCCAAUGCUCCACUGGUGUGGCAACGCCUGGAGGAGGUGGGCGGGACUAGUGCUGUGAUUGACAGGCUGGAGAUGGACAGUGUGUACGUGUUAAGGGUGAAAGGAAGCAAUAAGGCGGGGUUUGGAGAGUACAGCGAAGAGGUUUACCUACACACACCACCCGCACCAGUGUUGUGUUUCUCUCUGGACUCUCGCUGGGGUUUGCAUGCUGACCGACUGGCUCUGGGUAAAGGACAGACGUAUGCCCGCAGCGUGCCCGGCCUCUCCCUUCUGCAGGCCGCUGACCGCUCCCUCACUUCCUGUCACCUGACCUCUGACCUCCUCAUAGGCGACCUGGCCAUCACCCAGGGAAGGCACUACUGGGCAUGCUCGGUGGAGCCCGGCUCCUACCUGGUCAAGGUGGGAGUUGGACAGGAGGCCAAGCUCCAGGAGUGGUUCCACCUUCCCCAGGACAUGGCCAGCCCCCGCUAUGAUCCAGACAGUGGCCAUGACAGUGGGGCUGAGGAUUCCCCAGACUCCUCCCCUCCCUUCUGCUUCCUCACCAUGGGCAUGGGCAAGGUCCUCUUACCCCAGGGGGCAGCAAACUUACACCACAGUACCCAUGGGAACAACCAUGGCCCCCCUACUGCCCCCCUGCCUCCGCGCCUGGGGGUUUGUCUGGACUUCGAAAAGGGGCGGGUCACGUUCUACGACGCCCACUCGCUGCGCACCCUGUGGGAGGGGCAUGUGGAUUGCUCUGCCCCUGUGUGCCCGGCCUUUUGUUUCAUUGGUGGAGGGGCACUGCAGCUGCAGGAGCUGGUGGCCAAUCGGAGCACAGAGGAGCCACCGCACAGAAGGGUUACCAUCCAAUCACGCGCCACCAAUUUAGGUAACUGAAGAAGUAUGGAGUGGAAUGAUGUGGAAAGACCCUUCAUCAACUUGAUGUUUACUUGUUUAUGUUUAGGUUUCAUUUGUAAUGUCUGCAACUGUUGAUGAUGUACAUUAUGCAGAAUAGAAGAAUGUCAAUGUCCCGGAAUCCAGGGGAUUAUAAAGCGUUCUGCAGGUUACAUCAGGAUACGUGUAUUCUGUGAUUCCAACUGUUGCUGUGUUGCAUCUGAAAAGGACUCAUGAGUGGGACAUUAACUGUUAAAGGGCUCAUGAGUGGGACGUUAUCUGUUAAAGGGCUCAUGAGUGGGACAUUAUCUGUUAAAGGGCUCAUGAGUGGGACGUUACAUGUUAAAUGACUCAUGAGUGGGAUGUUAACUGGUAAAUGACUCAUGAGUGGGAUGUUAACUGUUAAAUUACUCAUGAGUGGGACGUUAACUGUUAAAUGACUCAUGAGUGGGACGUUAACUGGUAAAUGACUCAUGAGUGGGACGUUAACUGUUAUCUGUUAAAGGGCUCAUGAGUGGGACGUUACAUGUUAAAUGACUCAUGAGUGGGAUGUUAACUGGUAAAUGACUCAUGAGUGGGACGUUAACUGUUAAAGGGCUCAUGAGUGGGACGUUUAUUGUUAAAUGACUCAUGAGUGGGACGUUAACUGGUAAAUGACUCAUGGGUGGGAUCUUAACUGGUAAUUGACUCAUGAGUGCGACGUUAACUGCUAAAGGGCUCAUGAGUGGGACGUUUAUUGUUAAAUGACUCAUGAGUGCGAUGUUAACUGGUAAAGGGCUCAUGAGUGGACGUUAUCUGUUAGGACUCAUGCUACCUGCACUUCACAUAGAUCUUAUUGUUUGAAACCAAACCAAAAUGCUCACAUUGUGGACGAUUCUCUCAUAAGCUUCAAACAUGUAUUACAAAUCAAGAGGGUAUAAAUAUCUAUUCUAUAUUUUCAGACAAAAUAGAGAUGAAUGGGAUUUACACAUUAUGGAUAGAAAGGAUUUUGCGUAAAUCAUGCGUUGAUGUCAAUGGGAAGAUUUAGGAUGUGUGUGUGUUCACCUGAAUUAAAAUUAUAAUACUUAUUUUAUCAUU